AGGCCCUACUAGAGACGGCUGAGAGUGAGCAGGAGUCUUCUACUAAACUGUGCACUGCAGCCUUGGAUGCGUGGGGUCUGUUGCUGACCUGUGUGUCUGAUGAAACGGCCGAGGCCCUGUUCUAUGAGAAACUCACCGAUUUCGAAGAGUUUCUCUUCAGUCGUAACAUUGAGCUGAGGAUAUCUGCCGCGGAGGUGUUUGCGCUGUGGCUGGAAGAGGCUCGUGAGAGUGAUGAAGAAUUCGAUACCAACAGCCAAGAGGAACUGGACGAAAUAUACCGCAAGUUGGACGGUUUAGCACAGGAGUAUGAAACCAAGAGCAACUCGCGUUCAGAUCGCGUCAAGCAACGAUCGACAAUCAAGGAAGUCCUCGCGUAUAUCAAGGAUCCCGAUGAGACGCCCCUGGCCAUAGUCAGACUGCCGCACGACGAGGUGCGCAUGGACACAUGGGCUGAGAAGAGGGAGAUGGACACCAUCAAACAAGUGGUGGGGUCAGGUCUACAGUACCAGAUGCAGGUAAACGUGUGCUUGCGAAGUAUAUUCGGACUCACGGGAUCAAUCAAUCUCAGCAAGGACGAACAGAAACAGCUAGCGGCCGAAGCCCAAAGGGAUCGAAAAGCAAAGUACGAGAGUUCCCUACAUAAAAAGAGUCCGUAUGUCAAAGGCAGAGACAAACAGAGGGGAUCAGACCGAAAGGCCAAGUACGAAGACACCGGGGACUAUGGGGAUUUGUGAGUGAGGAGUAUAUUUUAAUAUACAUGUAUGUAUACAUAUGUGAAUAUAUAUAUAUACAUAUAUAUAUAUAUAUAUACAUAUGUACACAUAGCUGUAUAAUAUGGGGACGAGGUCAGGCAGGCAUAUACGCUUAACAUCGCGAACUGAUAAGAGAACGUGAUCUUGUCGCGAGUUCCGAUUAUCGAGAAGAUAAAUACGUAAAAUCGAUAGGUUGUGCGACGUCGGACGAAUUCCGUAAAUGCGAGGGAUAAAUGAAGCCUUGAUGGUAAACAUAUUUGACCGAAAUGCAGCGGCUGAAGAACUUAGUAGUAUCGCGUAUUGCGAGGUAAAGACUGAUACGUACGAGCGAAUAAAUAUGGGACUGUACUUACGCAGGUGUUCUAUGCUCGG